UUAUAAAAGUUUCUUUUUUAUCAUUGCAUGUCACGGCAGAAUUAUCAGCAGUGUGAUAUUAUGCGAUUAUUUGCACUUUAAAUGACUACAAAUCAUAAGGCGUUAAAUACAAACAAAUGUAAUUGUUUUUUUUUAGGAUUGAAUAUUAAGAGAAUUUUGAAAGUUUUGAUCAACUACCGGAAUGAAUGAUUUUGAAUUACCAAGUUAUAAUACAGCUGUGUCAGAGGAUAAAGUAAGACUGUUUCAACCUUCUACAAAUGAGGGGUUUGAACCAGAUGAAGAUGAGUUUUCCCCACAGAUGGCACCCCCCUUGAUUCCAAAAAGAUCAAAAAUAUAUAUGCCAAGUGUUGGUGCCCUUACGGAGGAAAUGAUUAGAAAAGCAUGUUAUGAAUAUGCCCAAGAUUCUUGUUGCUAUGGGACUAGUUUUAUUAGAAAUAUGACAUUAAUGGACGUAACCAACAGUUAUUCAUUUACAUACAAAUUAGAGUCUUAUGGAGAAAAGAGAGAAACGAUCGCUAAAUUCUCAGCUUAUUACGGACAGCCUGUUGAUGGAACAGAAAAUGGACCCGAAACUGAUCCGUGGAAUGUUGUGGUUCCCGUACCCAUCGAAUUCAAAAACAGCGUGACUAAAGUCGAAGUUCCUCAUUCAGCUUCUAUAAAAGAAUGUGAAACUUGUCGAGGAAACCGGCGAGUGCCUUGCGACACUUGUUAUGGAAAUGGAACGUACACCUGUUUUCUCUGUGAAGGAAGAGGAAGAGAUCAUGAAGAUGACCAUUGCCCAAGUUGCGAUGGUACUGGGAAAAGAAAAUGCUUAAUUUGCUACGGAAGUGGACUAGUAGAAUGCCGUACUUGUGAUGGUUAUGGACGACUAAAGCAUUAUAAACAACUCAUUGUCACUAGGGUAACUCAUUCAGAUGAAUUUCUAUCUAAUACUAUGAACUUACCUAAAGAAUGUAUUCGCUCAUUAGCUGGAAGAAUAAUCUUUACCCAACAAGACACGGAGGUUCCUGUUUUAAUAAAUGCUCCAGAUAGACUUAUUUGUGCAGCUUCAUAUAACUUAGUUCAGAAGCACAAAAGCGCUUUUCCUGAAGAACUUAUAAUCAUGCAGGUAUCUAAAAUAGGCAUACCCUUCGUGCUAUUCCCAUUACAAGAGUUGUCUAUUCUUGGGGCGGAAGCGAAGGAGAGUUCUAUAUAUACGGAUUUAAGAACAGAGUUUACUUCGAAUCAUAUCCACAGAAAUGCUGCUGUGUUUGCAUGUGAUGUUACAAUUUGUUUAGUUAGUUUUGUAUUUAAAAUAAAGUGUUAUUAUUCAAAUUUUAAUUAAAA